UCUCCGUUCGUGUUUUUGUUUUGAUUUGCACCGGUGAUUGAUUGAAAAUUUCUAAAAAAAAAGUGAAAGGGCAAUUGAAAUCAUAACGAAAAGUGUUUGUCAAUACGAUUGAUUUGGUGUGACAAAGUGUAAUGUUUGACCAAGCCAAUGAGACCAUCGAUAGAGUGGGAUAAUUCAGUUGACAUCAAACACAGGCAAUCGCAGUAAACCGAUUCUGAUGCAACUUUUGAUCGAUUACACAGAAUCCUUUUGGAUUCAUGGUUUGCACAGUUUUAUCUGACGUGAGAAUAAUAUGUGGUUUUAUAUUAAACAAAAUUUGUUCAUGAGCCAACGACCUGAUAAACUAGUAGAGUCACUGCAAGAAAAAGUUGGACCUCACGAACCAUGCCGUGAGCUAUGUUGCCACCUGUAGGGGAAACACCAAGAUCAUCAUCGACGGUUACAGUUACACCCGGCACCACAGGUACAACUGGAACACCUACUGGAGAUGCGCCAAAUCGCGCCAGUGUCGAGCCAAGAUUACCACCAAUGCCUACAAUGCGGUCAUAACUCACAAUCGCUGUCCGCAUUCGCAUCCGCCGGAUUCUUAUGGUGAUCAGUAGGUUCAUCAGCAGUAUAAACGCUUGAUUGCAAAAGAAUUUCAAAAGCUAUAGUUUAUGAGAACAUCAUAAUGAAAAAAUGGUUUCUGUUCCUGGAAGGAUAUGCUUUGGCACAGUGAUGUACUGAAGCUGAUCAACCCGGAGAUCAAGUACGGCAAAACGCAAGCCGGCGGCACGAGGAUCACGAUCGACGGCUACAGCUACUGUAAGCACUACCGAACGGGCUCGAAAACGGUCUGGCGGUGCUCGAAUGCCAACUUCCGGAAGUGCCGCGCCAAGAUUGCCACCGUGGCCAACAACAGUGCGGAGGUGAAGUUCAACUUCGUGGCGCACAACCAUCCGCGGAAGUGGUUCUGAGAUCCGGAACGGUGAUCCUACCAAUAAUGACGAUAGGGUUAUGUGAACCGGUGAUCGAUAGUCCAAUUACCAAAUUGCAAAAUUACUUAAUCAUUUAGCGAAUUCAAUCUGCCAAUACAAAAAAGGAGCUAGAAUUCAACAAUAAAAACUGCAGUACUAGAA